GUGCUGCAGGCCGCCCGUCACCUCAGCCACGCCUACCUGGCCCCGGGGGAGCACUACGGCCUGCUGGUGCGUCUGCUGACAGGCGUGGGCAGAUAUGAUGAGAUGACGUACGUCUUCGACCUGCUGCAUCAGAACCAUCGCUUCGAGAUGCUGCUGAGGAAGAAGGUGGACAUGGACCGAGGCCAGAGCUCCAGUCUGAAGACGGCUCUGCUGGACUACAUCAGACGCUGCCUCCCUGCAGACAGCGAGAAGCACAACAUGGUGGCGCUGUGCUUCAGCAUGAGGAGGGAGAUCGGAGAAAACCACGAGAUGGCGGCCAGGACGCAGCUGAAGAUCAUCGAGUCUCAGGAGUGGGUCGUCACGCCGGAUCUGAAGAGCUCAUUGGUCAAAGUGUUGGGUCUGUUGAAGGACGCCGCUGAGAGCUUCUCCAAGGACUCGUGUGUGCGUCAGGCGACUCACUGUGUCCGCACAGCUAAGCUAGUCGCUCUUCAGCUCCACUUCCUGAACCAGGGGUCGGACGUGCGGCAGGUGUUUGUGGUGUCGGAGGCGUACGGCGUCAGCCCCCGACUGGGCGGAGCUUCUGAAAGGAGACUUCGUUUACCUGGAGGAGCUGAAACGCCACCGCCCGCUGACCUCCAGCCUACUGGACGGCGGAUCCAGGAUAUUUUUACAUCACUGGCCAUGGUUUUUGUGAAACCAAAGUUCGGCGACAUGUAG